CGGCCGCGCACCCGGAAGUGGCCCCGGGAGGGAGGCCGGUUGCCAUGGGGGGGCCCGGGAGGGCGGAGGCGGCUCCGGGUCCGAUGGAUGCGCCGUGUCCGUCCGCGCUCACCGGCUGAGCUCCGACCGCGGCUCGGGCCUGCCCUGAUCCCAGGAUGGGCAGGCUGAGCAUCUCGUGCCUGCUGCCGGCCUCGUGGCACUUCAGCCUGGCUCCCGUGGGGUGCCCGCGGCUCCCGCACCCGUCCCUGCGGCAGCUGCUGCUGGCGGGGGGCGCGGCCGUGGCGCUGCUCUACUGCUCCCUCCUCCUGCUGCGCUCCCGCUACGGCCGCGCCAGGACCUUCCACAGGUAUCUCGCCCGAGUGACGGACACGGAAGCCACGGACACGGCCAACCCCAACCUGAACUAUGGGAUUGUGGUGGACUGUGGCAGCAGUGGCUCCAGGAUCUUUGUGUACUGCUGGCCAAGGCACAACGGGAACCCCCACGACCUGCUGGACAUCAAACAGAUGAGGGACAAGAAUAGGAAACCCGUGGUCAUGAAAAUCAAGCCAGGGAUCUCGGAGUUUGCCAGCUCUCCUGACAAGGUCAGUGAUUACAUCUCACCCCUCCUAAGCUUCGCUGCCGAGCACGUGCCCCGUGCCAAGCACAAGGAGACUCCUCUGUACAUCCUGUGCACUGCAGGCAUGAGGAUCCUGCCCGAGAGCCAGCAAAAGGCCAUCCUCGAAGACUUGCUCACUGAUAUCCCUGUGCAGUUUGAUUUCCUGUUCUCUGACUCACAUGCAGAGGUGAUUUCAGGCAAGCAGGAAGGAGUCUAUGCAUGGAUUGGCAUCAACUUUGUCCUGGGAAGGUUUGAACACACAGAUGAUGAGGAGGAGGCCAUGGUGGAGGUGCACAUCCCGGGCAGCGAGCACCAGGAGUCCAUAUUCCGUAAGAGGACUGUGGGUAUCCUGGACAUGGGCGGAGUGUCCACCCAGAUCGCGUACGAAGUCCCUAAAACUGUAAGCUUUGCCUCCUCACAGCAGGAGGAAGUGGCCAAGAACCUCCUGGCAGAAUUCAACCUGGGCUGUGAUGCCCAUCAGACCGAGCACGUGUACAGGGUCUACGUGGCCACAUUCCUUGGAUUUGGAGGGAAUGCAGCCCGGCAGAGAUAUGAGGACAGUCUGUUUGCCAGCACUGUGCUGAAAAACAGACUGCUGGGCAGACAGACUGGCCUGAGCUCUGAUUCCCCAGUGCUGGAUCCCUGCCUGCCCCUGGAUGCUCAGGAUGAGCUCCAGCAGAACGGGCAGGUCCUGCACCUGCGGGGAACGGGAGAUUUCCACCUGUGCCGGGAGCUGCUCCAGCCCUUCAUGAACAAGACCAACGAGACCCAGACCUCCCUGAACGGGGUUUACCAGCCUGCUGUGCACUUCCAGAACAGCGAAUUCUAUGGAUUCUCCGAGUUCUACUACUGCACAGAGGAUGUGCUGAGGAUGGGAGGAGAUUACAACGCUGCUAAAUUCACUAAAGCUGCCAAGGAUUAUUGUGCCACUAAGUGGUCUGUCCUCCGGGAGCGCUUCGACCGUGGUCUCUAUGCCUCUCACGCCGAUCUGCACAGGCUGAAGUACCAGUGCUUUAAGUCAGCCUGGAUGUACGAGGUGUUCCACAGUGGCUUCUCCUUCCCUGUGGGUUACAGCAACCUGAAAACAGCCCUGCAGGUUUAUGACAAGGAGGUGCAGUGGACCCUGGGGGCCAUCCUGUACCGAACACGCUUCCUCCCUUUAAGAGACAUCCAGCAAGAAAACUUCCGUGGAAGUCACUCCCACUGGAGGAGCUUCUCCUUCGUUUACAAUCACUAUCUGUUCUUUGCCUGUUUCCUGGUUGUCCUGCUCUCCAUCCUGCUCUACCUGCUCCGGCUCCGGCGCAUCCACAGGCGGAUGCUCCGCAACGGCUCCUCUCCCUCCCUCUGGAUCGAGGAAGGUCUCCCACCACAGAAGAUGGCAGGGCCCUUGUGAGGUGCUGGGAUGGAGAGAGAAUUGGGUUUUUUUUUCUUGGACUUGUUACACAAAAAAGCCAUUUUUGCCUCAGGGUUCCUCCCUUUUUUUGUCCCUCGAAACCAUUGGAGAAGCCGAAGGCCCGGCAAGGUUUGGGAAAGGCGGGAAAACGGGAUCCCGUGGCUUGGUCUCACCAGACAGUUCCUGCCAAAAAUGACUUUUAUUUGACUAUUGCACUUUUGUGUGUCGUGGGAUGAGCUCAAGCUUGAGAGCAGAGUGAAUGUGAGUCCUCUCCCUCGGGGAGAGGCUGGGAAAUCCCGGGAUGAGCGAGGACUGCCCGGGUUUCCUUUUCCAGAUUCCAGGAUUGGCGUCGCUCAACUUCUCAAUCCUGAGUCUCAGUCAAAGGAAAGGAAGUGCAGGGUUUUCAGAAGCAGACAGAAAACCCCCUUUUAGGACAGUUUUCUCUGAUUUUUUCCCUUUUGGAUUCAGUCCUGUGAUGGAGAAGAAAAACCUCUUGCACCCAAAGCUGUGCUUCCAAAAAAAAAACCUGCUUCAAUCAGUUUUGUUCCAUUGUGACACUUCCCCCCUUUCUCCUGGAAGCUUUAUCCUCCUGGUGGCACAAGCCACUGCUUUUUAAUCCUUUAUUUCUCUUCCAUAAUCACGCAGAGAUCUCCCAGAGACUCCAGGAAGGGGAAGAGAACUGGAAAAAACCUUCUGUUUCAUGCACAGUGUCUUUCUUUUUCCGAGUCCUCUGAUCUGUUAAUUUAUAUUUUAUUUAAAACCGUUAAUUUUACUUGAAAGUAAAUUCAUCCCUGAUUAAAAGUGGGAUUUCUAUGAGC